AUGCUUAGAGGAUUAAUAAGAUCACACUGUACAUUAGCUAAAAAUAGUUCAAGUUCUGGGUACCUUGACAUUGGAGGUUUCCAUUUCCUAUCCUUUGGAACCCGAGGAGCAACUCCUGUGAGAUGUGGAAAUGAGUGGUCAUCACCGUCACAGUUUAGAGGUAGUAUAAGACAACCAGACAAGAGAGUCACUAAUGGGUCGGCUGAUAGGAGGGAUCAGCAGACUGACUGUGAGGUACAAAGUUCUGCCAGUGAGUUGCGACACAGGAGACAGGGAGGUCUGCAAAAUCAUCUGCCAGAGGCAAGGACUCCUCUGGCAGCAGCAACUUGCAGUGGACGUGAAGUUGAAGAGGAGUUUGUCGGUCCACAAACUUCAGAAGCUAGUUUUGACAGAGCAAUUGGAGGGGACAGGCAACUGGAUUUAGGUCUGACUGUUUUUUGUGGAACAAAAACCUCAGCAAUCAGUCAGAGAGGGAAACAACCUAGAGAUCUGGCAGGACAAGAUAAUUCAGCUUCAGGAAUCGCUCAUGAUCAGAGGGGGAAAGAACACAGGGAUUUGUUGGAUUCACAAGAUUUGAGUGAUGGGCCAACUUCAUUUCAAGGAGCAACUCCUGUGAGAUUUGAAAAUGCAUGGUCAUCAGUGUCACAGUUUAGAGGUAGUAGAAAGCAACCAAACAAGAGAGUCACUAAUGGCUCAACUGAUAGGAGGGAUCAGCAGACUGAUUGUGAAGUACAAAGUUCUGCCAGUGAGUUGCGACAGAGGAGACAAGGAGGUCUGCAAAAUCAUCUGCCAGAGGCAAGGACUCCUCUGGCAGCAGCAACUUGCAGUGGAGGUGAAGUUGAAGAGGAUUUUGUCAGUCUACAAACCUCAGAAGCUAGUUUUGACAGAGCAAUUGGAGGGGAUAGGCAACUGGAUUCAGAUCUGACUGUUUUAGCUGAUAAAGCAACAGCCUCAGCAACCAGUCAUAGAGGAAAACAACCUAGAGAUCUGGCAGAACAAGCAAUUGGAGGGGACAGGCAACUGGAUUUAGGUCUGACUGUUUUUUGUGGAACAAAAACCUCAGCAAUCAGUCAGAGAGGGAAACAACCUAGAGAUCUGGCAGGACAAGAUAAUUCAGCUUCAGGAAUCGCUCAUGAUCAGAGGGGGAAAGAACACAGGGAUUUGUUGGAUUCACAAGAUUUGAGUGAUGGGCCAACUUCAUUUCAAGGAGCAACUCCUGUGAGAUUUGAAAAUGCAUGGUCAUCAGUGUCACAGUUUAGAGGUAGUAGAAAGCAACCAAACAAGAGAGUCACUAAUGGCUCAACUGAUAGGAGGGAUCAGCAGACUGAUUGUGAAGUACAAAGUUCUGCCAGUGAGUUGCGACAGAGGAGACAAGGAGGUCUGCAAAAUCAUCUGCCAGAGGCAAGGACUCCUCUGGCAGCAGCAACUUGCAGUGGAGGUGAAGUUGAAGAGGAUUUUGUCAGUCUACAAACCUCAGAAGCUAGUUUUGACAGAGCAAUUGGAGGGGAUAGGCAACUGGAUUCAGAUCUGACUGUUUUAGCUGAUAAAGCAACAGCCUCAGCAACCAGUCAUAGAGGAAAACAACCUAGAGAUCUGGCAGAACAAGCAAGUCGGAGACCAAGCCAGAGAUGUCUUCCAAGUUAUGGGCCAGCAACUAGUAGUAAUUUUAGUCUAAGUGAAUUUGAAGAAGAUUCUUGCAGUCCUGUCAGCCGGCAGACUUCAGAAGUUAAUUCUGACAGAGAACACCAUAGGUUGCCUAGAAGAAGGAGCAGAACACAACAAAGAAGUUCAGGAGAACCUAUGGUCCCACAUGCACAGUCAGCAGCUAACCAAAGUGACAGCAGAGACAUGUCUGAGACUGACACUGUACAACAACAAAGGCUUAGAGAACACCAUAGGUUGCCUAGAAGAAGGAGCAGAACACAACAAAGACGUUCAGGAGAACCUAUGGUCCCACAUGCACAGUCAGCAGCUAACCAAAGUGACAGCAGAGACAUGUCUGAGACUGACACUGUACAACAACAAAGGCUUAGAGCAAGUCAGAGACCAAGCCAGAGAUGUCUUCCAAGUUAUGGGCUAGCAACUAGUAGUAAUUUUAGUCUAAGUGAAUUUGAAGAAGAUUCUUGCAGUCCUGUCAGCCGGCAGACUUCAGAAGUUAAUUCUGACAGAGAACACCAUAGGUUGCCUAGAAGAAGGAGCAGAACACAACAAAGACGUUCAGGAGAACCUAUGGUCCCACAUGCACAGUCAGCAGCUAACCAAAGUGACAGCAGAGACAUGUCUGAGACUGACACUGUACAACAACAAAGGCUUAGAGAACACCAUAGGUUGCCUAGAAGAAGGAGCAGAACACAACAAAGACGUUCAGGAGAACCUAUGGUCCCACAUGCACAGUCAGCAGCUAACCAAAGUGACAGCAGAGACAUGUCUGAGACUGACACUGUACAACAACAAAGGCUUAGAGAGCACUGUAGUAAGUUGCUGAGAAGAAGGAGCAGAAGACAAGAAAGAAGUUCAGGAGAACCUGCGGCCCCUCCACCAGCAGCAAACCGAAGUGAAAACAGAGACAUAUCUGGGAUUGACACUUUACAACAACAAAGGCCUAGAGGUACACUUCUUCCAAAUGUUAGACAGUAUAAAUUCAGUGGAACCUUGUUUAUCACUGAAGCAGGCAUCCAAAUCUGA